AUGACCGUUCUCAACUGGUGCCUCUUGGCGCUGGAAUAUUCGCUGAAAGAGGAGAACGACCGAAGCACGCAAGCACUGAUUCGUUGUGCAUGCGCAUAUGCGAACAGUAGAUUCGUCCGAGCCCUGCUCUACAUUCAUGAGCGCAUUGGUGCAGGUUAUUCAUUUUAA